AUGAAUUAGGAACAGAAGACGCAUUUUACUAAAGGAGGUAAACUUAAAUUGUCCAUCACUAUUCUGAAAAUUACUCAUUUAAGGCUCCUUUCUUUUAAUUCUAAACUAAAAUAUUCCAUCCAAGUAUUAAAGAAAAAGGUGAGUUUUUGUGAGGAUAUGUUUGAAACCUAGGUAUUUAAUUCAACCAAUAUUAGGAAUUAUGGUAAUUAACCAAAACAGUAAGAUGA